AAAUUGCCAUUCCGCGUUUGUAAGCAAAUCUUUGCUAAAACCAACGAACGAUCGAACACUGACAGACGAUUUGAUAGAUCCAACUAAAAGUUCUUACUUUGCCUUUCUCAAGAGUCUUCAGAGAUCUAUGGCUCGUCUGCAAUUUUCACUCUCACUCUUUUUCGUCAUCUUCCCUCUGAUCCUCCACGUCGGUGUCUCCAAAACUCUCAAACGCGACGUGAAAGCCUUGAACGAAAUCAAGGCGUCUCUCGGUUGGAGAGUGUUGUAUGCGUGGGUAGGUGACGAUCCCUGCGGCGACGGUGACCUGCCGCCUUGGUCCGGCGUCACUUGCUCCACUCAGGGCGACUACAGAGUUGUCACCGAGCUGGAAGUGUAUGCAGUGUCAAUCGUGGGUCCAUUUCCGGUUGCUGUAACUAAUCUGUUAGAUCUCACUAGACUGGAUCUUCACAAUAACAAAUUGACUGGGCCUAUUCCUUCACAAAUUGGGCGGUUGAAGCGCCUUAGAAUACUUAAUUUGAGGUGGAAUAAGCUGCAAGAUGUCAUUCCUCCUGAAAUUGGGGAACUUAAGAGUUUGACCCAUCUCUAUCUAAGCUUCAAUAAUUUCAAAGGGGAAAUCCCAAAGGAGCUUGCUAAUCUUCCAGAGCUUCGUUAUCUCUACCUUCAAGAGAAUCGUUUCUCUGGGAGAAUACCAGCAGAAUUGGGAAACUUAAAGAGUCUACGACAAUUGGAUCUUGGGAACAAUCAUUUUGUGGGCACUAUAAGGGAGCUCAUUCGCAUUGAGGGCUGCUUUCCUGCUCUUCGUAACCUUUAUCUGAAUAACAACUACCUCACUGGAGGAAUUCCAUCGCAGCUUGCAAACUUAGCCAACUUGGAAAUCUUGUACUUAUCCCACAACAAAAUGUCUGGAGUGGUUCCUCCUACAAUUGCUCAUAUCCCCAGAUUAACAUACUUGUACUUGGACCAUAACCAAUUUUCAGGGGGAAUUGCUGAUGCCUUUUAUAAACACCCCUUUAUGAAAGAAAUGUAUAUCGAUGGAAACUCUUUUCGUACCGGUGUAAAACCAAUCGGCAUCCACAAAGUUCUUGAAGUUUCUGACGCAGAUUUCCUAGUUUGAUGGAGGAGUUAGCUUCUUUUCUUACAGGCUUUAGUUAUGAUUGCCACACGAGGGGUAAAUCUCAUUUCAUGAUUAAACUGUCAUUCAAAGUUUUGCCAUUGAUGCACGCUGUCCUUGACUUAGUGACUCAUUAUUGAUUAACUGUAAAUAGAUUCUGCUUCCGUAGUUGAAGAUUACUUUUGAACCAAUGUACAAGUACUUCAAAAAAUAUUAAGGUAAAACAGCAUUUUUGUGGUUGAUCUGAUUAAAAUGUAAGACAGUCUGGUGGUGGUAAUUUUUAUUGUAUUAAAAAUACUCUUUGCACUC